CCGCCCUGGCGAGUCAGUUCCUCGGGUUCCCUCCCUCCCCGGGCGCGCUCGGGCCGCCGCUGCGCUCCCCGCCCUCCAGCCGCCUUGCCGGAGCCAGCCGCUGCCGGAGGAGGAGGUGGAGGAGCCGCAGGGGCCCGCCGAGGCGGCGGCGGCGGCGGCAAGAUGGCGGACUUCCUGCCGUCGCGCUCCGUGCUGUCCGUGUGCUUCCCGGGCUGCGUGUUGACGAACGGCGAGGCCGAGCAGCAGCGCAAGUCCAAGGAGAUCGACAAAUGCCUGUCGCGGGAGAAGACCUACGUGAAACGCCUGGUGAAGAUCCUGCUGCUGGGUGCGGGCGAGAGCGGCAAGUCCACCUUCCUGAAGCAGAUGCGGAUCAUCCACGGCCAGGACUUCGACCAGCGCGCGCGCGAGGAGUUCCGCCCCACCAUCUACAGCAACGUGAUCAAAGGUAUGAGGGUGCUGGUAGAUGCCCGAGAGAAGCUUCAUAUUCCCUGGGGAGAUAACAAAAACCAGCUCCAUGGCGACAAGUUGAUGGCAUUUGAUACCCGUGCCCCCAUGGCUGCCCAGGGGAUGGUGGAGACUCGAGUUUUUUUGCAGUAUCUUCCUGCUAUAAAAGCCUUGUGGGACGACAGUGGUAUACAGAAUGCCUACGACCGGCGCCGGGAAUUCCAACUGGGUGAGUCUGUGAAGUAUUUCCUGGAUAACUUGGAUAAACUUGGAGUACCAGAUUACAUUCCAUCACAGCAAGAUAUUCUGCUUGCCAGGAGACCCACCAAAGGCAUCCAUGAGUAUGACUUUGAAAUUAAAAAUGUCCCUUUUAAAAUGGUUGAUGUAGGUGGCCAGAGAUCAGAACGGAAACGUUGGUUUGAAUGCUUUGACAGUGUGACAUCAAUACUUUUCCUGGUGUCCUCAAGUGAAUUUGACCAGGUGCUUAUGGAGGAUCGCCUGACCAAUCGCCUUACAGAGUCUCUGAACAUAUUUGAGACAAUUGUCAAUAACCGGGUUUUUAGCAAUGUCUCUAUAAUCCUCUUCUUAAACAAGACAGACUUGCUUGAAGAGAAAGUGCAAGUUGUGAGCAUCAAAGACUAUUUCGUAGAAUUUGAAGGGGACCCACACUGCUUAAGAGACGUCCAAAAGUUUCUGGUGGAGUGCUUCAGGGGCAGACGCCGGGACCAGCAGCAGAGGCCGUUGUACCACCACUUCACCACCGCCAUCAACACGGAGAACAUCCGCCUGGUGUUCCGAGACGUGAAGGACACCAUCCUCCACGACAACCUCAAGCAGCUCAUGCUCCAGUGAUUGAUGGCAAGACUCGCUGUCCUGAUGCCUUGUCGUGGUUUUCAUUGUCUUCUGUUCUCUUGGUUUUUUUUUUUUUAAAUAGCAGUUUACAACAGCAGUUAGAAAGAUCUCAGUUCUGUGUCUAACUUCUUGGAAAUCUUAGUCCUCCUGUGGCCUUUAGUUUGUGGCUGAAAGCUGCUGAAUUAACACAUUGCCAAUAUCUGCUGGCAUUCAGGCUUUGAUCGGUAUCACCAUGGCUUCCAUUCAAGUCCAGUUGUAACUUCCUGGCCAGCCUCACACUAGGUGUAUUUCAGGCUUUGAAUUCUUCUGCUUGCAAACUGAAUUCUCCUGCAGUGCCAAGAAUAGGCAGUAUCCUUAACAACUUGUAGGGACGAGAUUAGGAAUGUUCAGCUCUAAGAUGAGACCCGAGAGAGAGAGUGCCUUACACAGCAGUGGCAUGCCUAAUUAGAGUGAGCCCCUGUUCUGGAAGGACUGUUAGAGAAAGUUCAGUCUAAGAAAUAGAUCUUCAGAGGCUUAGCCUUCCUGUGUUUGUAAUUGCUUACACACUGCAGUAGUUUUCGUCUCCAUUUCUUUAGUUUCUGAAGGUAAUGUCUUAGUGUUUAAGUUUACAGUAUGGAUUUAGCCUGAUGCUGAUGCGUUCACAAAUGGUACAUGUACUAUGUUGAUCUGAAAUAGCCAGUGAUGUGCAUUUUGCCUUUUCCAUAUUUGAGUAUCAGUAACUUGAUGUGCCCUGUUAGAAACAUUCUGGCCAUAGCAACAGCUAGAAAGGGCAAGCCCCUUGGUAACAAGAGUCAGCAUAGCUGUUCCCGAGUGCCACAUGUAUGACUCUGGUCCUGUCUCAGUUGGUUUUGUGCCUCGCUGGAGGGAAUCAUCGCUGGGUCUUCUUUCUUUUGCCCUCCUGUCUCAAUCUCAGCAACUCUGAACUGUGGCAUUUUAGGGGUCCUUUUGUCACUGGCAGUAUUUUCCUGUGAAAUAAUCAAGAAGGUAUUAUUUGAGUAGACCAUUCAUGCUUCGUGUCCCUGUCGACACAGUUUGUGUGUGUUGGUGUUGUUGUUAUGAGGUGACAGCUUUAUUGGGGUACAUUUGAAUGACUUAAGAAUGCAGCUAAGGAUACGCAAUUCUUUUGGUCCAUACUCAAUGGAGGUUUGCCUCUCCUCUCUCUCUCUCUCUCUCUCUCUCUCUCUCUCUCUCUCUCUCUCUCUCUCUCUCUCUCUCUCUCUCUCUCUCACACACACACACACACACACACUCACUCACUCACUCACUCACACUCACCACUGCUAAGUUAAACCAUGCCCAUAAUGUAGCUUUGUGAUUAGAUGUACCAUAGUGACUGGUGGUGUAAAACAUUUGUCAUGCUCCAGCUGGCCUAUGAGAGUUUGCAGAGCCUGAGCACACCCCUGCUUUCCUUGGAGAAUGCAUGAGUACUGUGGUGCCUGUCAUUUUACUGUGUGACUCUUCUCAGGCAAGAAAUGGGGCCCUGAGAGAUUGGUCAACUUUGUGGCUCACAGACGGUGGCAGUCCUUAUUCCUUACUGGCAGGUGUGAGAGCUGGGCCUUCUAGUGUGCUAAAAGGGGGUGUGUUCUUGAUAGACCUGACUUGUCUUGACUUUGAACUUUUGCUGUCUUUCUAUUUAUAAAUUCCAGUGUUUUCUUGCCUUGGUAAUACAUGAGCUUAAGACAUGUAGUCCAAUAUCACAGUACAGGUGUUGUUAGCAUAAUUUAUGUAUAUCUAAAUGGUUCUACAUCUAGUCCUUUUUGCCAAAAAGAAUGUGUCAUUUAAAUUCAUGGGGUUAGCAUAACGCCAGUGCUGAUGAACAUUUGAACAUGUGCACAAUAACAUUUGGUUUAUUCUGUGUUAAUUUAGCAAACAUUUUUGUGCAUUGGCCAAAACUAACUGCAGUGAAGGCAAAAGUCAGUCCCUCCAGAAAGCAGUUUUAUCCAGUUACACUUGAGCUCUGAUUGAGCAGAAUCACUGACUUUCUCCAUUGUGACUAUCACCAGGAAGUGACAGGAACACCAACUAGACACAGCAUCCCAGGCAUCUGCACUUCCUUGUGAAGCAUGCAGAAUCUCUACCCAAAUGCAGUCGAGCAUGCUGAAGCAGUGGACUGCUCACUGGCAAUAGAUAGAGGAUUGUUUAGAGUGCAAAGAACUGUGAGGCUCAGCCAGAAAGCUCUGGUCCACAUUUGAAAGGAAUCUAACACCUACAUCCUAAUUGAAAUACUGAAAUAUUGUUGUGUGAAGAGGAAGGUGAGAUUUAGCCAAUAGACUUGAAAAAGUGCUCGACCCUCCCUGUGCUGACACCCCAGUCCCUAAAGUGUAACCUGAAGUUGAGGCUCUGUGGGGCCCUGGGCUUUGCAUGUCGUGGGGUGAGUGGAAUUACCGGUGCCUGACUCCACAUUUCUCUGUUCUGAGAUCUGCACCCUUGCUACAUACCAACAAAUGAUCACACAAGUGUCUUGGUUGACUUUGAAAUUUUUUAUAUUUUACAGAGUUGCCUUAUAAAUGAAAGAACAUCACAAAUUACACCUUAAUUUUUUUUAAAUGAGGAAAGGGCUUUGUUCCAUGGUUUCUUACGAUCUUAAUUCAAGGUGUGUUUCUACCACUUAAAUGUUUUUAAUGUACUGAAAUGCCUGAAAUGUUUCUUCCUGCCAAAUACUCUCUGUAUUAAAUUGAAGCCUCCAUUUUAGUUUUUCUCUCUGGACAGGGUACUUUAUAGCCAGAGGGCAAUUGCAGCCAAACAAGACGGGUGUCCUAAAGAGGAGCAUGUUUCCUGUAACAGGCAUUGGUGGGUACUUCACGCCUACGGGGUCCUCCGUGAAGUUUUCAAACCCACACACUACAGGGGAAUGCUUGUUCAGUUGGUGGAAGCUGUUGAUUUCAAGUAAGAGAAAGUAAGACCACAUUGGUCCCAGAAGUGACAAGAAGUGUCACUAGAUGCAGCAAAAAGCUUAUGCCCUCUAAGUAAAUCACCUUCCGGGGUUAGCCCAAGUUCUCGGUCUUCUGUUCUGACGGAAUGUAUUUCUCAGCAUUGAUACUCACAUCCGGUUAUGCCUCGCUCAUAUGAAGAAGAAUAAUGUCUAAGUUAUGCGGUUAUAUUCUGAAACUCAAGUUAUUUGGAAAUCCCUCAAAUUGGUGCUUUCAUUAUUUAAUGAUACAUUUAGGCAAAACCCCAAACAAACCAUUUGAAAUGUGGCUCUGAGUUACAAUUUGUAGUGAUUUUAUUUUUCUCAUUUGAGAAGACAAAGUGUCAGUGUUAAUCUGAAUUUCCUGUAUGAACCCUACCUGUAAAGUCCAGUUAAAUAUUUGUAACAAAUUCCCAAAUAAACCUAGAGAAAGCGGCUCUGUUACCUUUUCAUGUCUUUUAAUUUUACUUGGGAGAUGGAGAGUAAAGAUCUGCAGGUCCUCAACCAUUUGGAAACCGGCCUUUGGUUGCAUGUCUCUUUCCUGUGGUUCCAGCACACUGAAGCCCAUGAGCCAAGGGAUCUUUGUGUUGUGCUGCUUGAAUGAAAGCACUUUCUACUUUCUUUUCUUUUUCUAAAGUUGGGAUGGCUUUUCAGUCUAGAAAGCCUGGGGCACAUGAUGCCCGUUUUCUUAUGGUACGAGGUUAGGGCUUAGGCAGUUUACACUAGAGAUUGAAUUCUGUGUUAAACCCUGAUGAUAACUUUUCAGAUACCAUCAGCUACAUACUGCUAGCCUUGCCUGGCAGGCGUUCGCCAGAUUGAUCAAAACAGUGUUUGUCCACUAACAUUCUUCCGUCCACCUGAAUUGACCUGUCCAUCCCUACAUACAGCUUUCAGGUCUAAGCAGCCAGUUUUGAGUGCCAGGGAUGGCACAGAGCAUUGUUUUACAUUUGUUUGCUUGUGUAUUUGUGUGCUUUUGAGACAGGGUCUCCCUGUGUACCCAAGGUUGAUCUCAGAUUUGAGAUCCUACUGGCUCAGCUUCCCAAGUGCAGAGACUCCCACUUGCCUUUUAAGGCACUAGGAUGGGGACAGUGUUCUGUGGGCUGCAAAGUGAGUUUUGUGACCUUUGCUAUGUUAUCGUGAUGACAUUUGAGAUGGAUUGAAGCCUGCCUAAAUCCAGGAAGCAUACGUUUUCAAUCUGUGACAAUCGCUGAUCAUAAUAAACUACCUUCUUGGUUUGUAAUUCUGAUUUUAUUCACAGACACAACCCUGCUAAAGUGAGUGGCGAUUUUGAUAUUACCCAUGCCCGUUUGAUGGUGCCAGGAGUGACAGGGAGGAAGGAGCAGUGUGCUCUUGUUGGGGGUGUGUGGUAAUGAAGCAGACGGUAUACUGUGUGCUUUCUCUUUACCUCUACUUGAAAGCAGAAUCGCAAAAUAUUCUAGGUGGCUUUUCUCCAUUAGGCAUAAGCUCAUGGGGCACAAGAAGCCUUAUCCAAAGCACUCAGUGCAACCCUCAGAUACUGUCCCUAAUGAGACAUGGUUUAUAUUACCCUGUAUGAAAGUAUUUGUGGCUUAGAUUUUUUUUCAUACAUCUUUUUAUAACUUUCCAGGAACUAAGCACAUUAUCUGAUACUGUUGUAAAUUUUUUUUGGCCAGUGUUUUGGUUCCAAAGUAGCAGUAAAUUAUUUCUACAGGAGGUCUCAGAGUGGAAGGAAUGGUUUCAUUUUAUAAAACAAGUUGCUAUUCAUUAAGGCUUCUUACUUUUGUACAUAUUUUGCAAAGUUUGUCUCUUUACUAUUAAUAUUUGCUUUGUACAAAUUACUGACAUUUAAUAAACAUUUAUAAACGA